AUGAAUACGAUAGUAGUAUUUGAUAAUGAUCGUACUAUUCCAUCAAUCAAUUUAAGUUAUCAUUAUACUACAACACAAUCAUCAUCAUCAUCAUCAUCAUCAUCAUCAUCAUCAUCAUCAUCAUCAUCAUCAUCAUCAUCAUCAUCAUCAUCAUCAUCAUCAUCAUCAUCAUCAUCAUCAUCAUCAUCAUCAUCAUCAUCAUCAUCAUCAUCAUCAUCAUCAUCAUCAUCAUCAUCAUCAUCAUCAUCAUCAUCAUCAUCAUCAUCAUCAUCAUCAUCAUCAUCAUCAUCAUCAUCAUCAUCAUCAUCAUCAUCAUCAUCAUCAUCAUCAUCAUCAUCAUCAUCAUCAUCAUCAUCAUCAUCAUCAUCAUCAUCAUCAUCAUCAUCAUCAUCAUCAUCAUCAUCAUCAUCAUCAUCAUCAUCAUCAUCAUCAUCAUCAUCAUCAUCAUCAUCAUCAUCAUCAUCAUCAUCAUCAUCAUCAUCAUCAUCAUCAUCAUCAUCAUCAUCAUCAUCAUCAUCAUCAUCAUCAUCAUCAUCAUCAUCAUCAUCAUCAUCAUCAUCAUCAUCAUCAUCAUCAUCAUCAUCAUCAUCAUCAUCAUCAUCAUCAUCAUCAUCAUCAUCAUCAUCAUCAUCAUCAUCAUCAUCAUCAUCAUCAUCAUCAUCAUCAUCAUCAUCAUCAUCAUCAUCAUCAUCAUCAUCAUCAUCAUCAUCAUCAUCAUCAUCAUCAUCAUCAUCAUCAUCAUCAUCAUCAUCAUCAUCAUCAUCAUCAUCAUCAUCAUCAUCAUCAUCAUCAUCAUCAUCAUCAUCAUCAUCAUCAUCAUCAUCAUCAUCAUCAUCAUCAUCAUCAUCAUCAUCAUCAUCAUCAUCAUCAUCAUCAUCAUCAUCAUCAUCAUCAUCAUCAUCAUCAUCAUCAUCAUCAUCAUCAUCAUCAUCAUCAUCAUCAUCAUCAUCAUCAUCAUCAUCAUCAUCAUCAUCAUCAUCAUCAUCAUCAUCAUCAUCAUCAUCAUCAUCAUCAUCAUCAUCAUCAUCAUCAUCAUCAUCAUCAUCAUCAUCAUCAUCAUCAUCAUCAUCAUCAUCAUCAUCAUCAUCAUCAUCAUCAUCAUCAUCAUCAUCAUCAUCAUCAUCAUCAUCAUCAUCAUCAUCAUCAUCAUCAUCAUCAUCAUCACGCCUUAGAUAUCACAAAAACAGAAAACGUUACAAUCUUUUACAUGAUGUAACAAUGAAAACUUAUGAAAAUAAUAACAACUUUUGGAAACUACUCAAUUUAUUUCCACAUUUCCCAAUGUUAUGGCCUCCUUCCUCAGUUUCUAGUUUUGAUCCUAUUUCCUCCUCCUCCUCAUCAUCAUCAUUAUUAAAAUCUUCGUAUAAUGAAUUAAACAAUAACGAGUUAUUGCAAAAGUAUGCUAAGCAUACAAUUCAGUUAUUAGAGAAAAAUCAAACAUUAUUUAAUAAUAAUAAUAUUACCACCAAUACUACUACUAAUGAUAAUAGCAAUAAUAAUAAUACUCCUUUUACUAAUCGAAUACCAGAGAUCAAUGACAUGAAUGGUUCAUCAACAAGAAACAAGUUAAAAUUAAACAUUGAACAUUUCAAUAGUCAUAGCAACAAUCGAAUAGUUACAUCAUCACCACAGAUUGAAUUAACUAUAUCAAAUAAUAAUGAUAAUAAUACAAGUAUUAAUCUUUCUACAACUAUUACUAAUACUAAUAAUAUAACAACAAUCAAUAAAAAUGAUAAUCAUUGGAAUGUUAAUACUAUACCAGUUUGUUCAACUUUCUAUCAUACUCCACAAACAUGUUCAUUUGAAUAUAAUAAUAAUAAAUUGAACAAUGAACAAGAAACUAUUGACAAGUUAACUCCAUUGGAAUCGGAAAAUCUUAUUCAUCAUUCAAAUGAUCAUAUUGAUCAUAGUCCAAUUCAACAUCAUGUAAAUAAUACAAUGAAUUGUAAUGUUAAUAAUAGUACAUGUAGUAGUGUGUCGAAUGAAUUAUAUGAUCAAAAUUUACCAUGUACUACACCGGAACAACAACAACAACAAGCACAUUCAACUACUAAUACUACUACUACUACUACUACUACUACUUCUACUAGUAGUACAAUACAUAUUAAUGGUGCUGUACAUAAUACAUUGAGAAAAACACGUUCUGAUAUGAAAGUAAUACAUAGAUAUUUAAUACAAAUUAAACAUGAUACACGAGAAAUUCAUCAAAUACCUUGUCAUGAAUUAGACAGUUAUAUACAAGACUUUGUACUUACCGCGAAAAAGAAAGAUGGACACGAAUAUGAACCGGAAUCAUUGAAAGCAUUUGUACAUUCACUAGAAAGACAUUUAAAACAUCAUGGCUAUUCACAUUCAGUGCUUAAAGGUAAUGCAUUCGCUGGAACACGAUCUGUGUUGAAUCAACGUUUAAAUGAAUUACGUGCACUCAGUCGAUCUGGUGUAUCAACCAAUGGUGCAUAUGCCUAUUCAUCAAAUGGUGCCAAUAAUCAUAAUAACAGUAAUAAACGUGUAUCGGGAGUUGGUAAUGAUUCAACAUCAGAGAACAGACCAAUUAAUUAUACAAGAAAGCAUAAUUCUAAUCCAAAUGGAUUAUCUUCAGCUGAACUACUUCAAGCUCGUAUACUUGGUACAGAUAAUCCUCAGGCAAUACUGAAUAGUUUGUGGCUUAUGAACAGAACUCAAUUCAAUAUUGGCGGUACACAAAGACACCGAAAUUUAGUUUGGGGUCAAUUCCAACUGAUCACUGAUGAUAAUGGAAUUAAAGCAAUUAAAUUCACUCCAUUAUUUGAAUCUGCUGAAGUACGUUAUUGUCGUGGUUAUGGUGGAACACGUGGUGGUGCUGCAAAUCAUGAUCCAUUAGCAAAAACACAACCACUUAGUUGUACUGGUAGUGCUAAACGUCAACCUCUUCCAUUCAAUUGUGUUGAAUUAUUUGAAAUAUAUGCUAAUUUACGACCAUUAGAAGCUCGUGGUGUUUCUGAGCCAUUCUAUCUAUGUCCAGAUAUUAAUUGGGAUCAAAAUAAUCAAAAUGGAAUUUGUAAUAGUUGGUUUAAAACAAAUGCAGCUGGAUCACAAUUAUUAUCACGCAUACCACGUUCACUUGGUUUGAAACCUUCUAAAGAGCCAAUUUCAAUAUCUGGUAUAAAUUCAUCUAAUAUACACAAAUUACAAACAUCGAAUUCAUUGAUUCCUAAUGAAAUAAAAGAUUCUGAUAGAUUAUUUACAGAUCAUUGUAAUCAAAUCUUGUCAAAUUUAUCAAAUUAUCGAGAUAUUUAUCAGAUACAAUCACAAAAUAACACUAUUACUAAUGAUCAUCAUCAUAAUAAUAAUAGUCAUAGCAACAAUUAUUAUUUCAAUAAUCUUAGUCGUUCAAUAUCCAAUAACAAUUUAAUUUCACAGAAUUUAUUUAAUUUUUUCCCCUUUCUAUUUCCACCAACACCAUCAUCAUCAUCAUCAUCAGCAGCAGCAGCAGCUACCAUAACAACAACAACAACGGCAACAACCUUAGCAUCAUCGGUGGAUGAGCAAAGCUUAACUUGUCAUUCAUUAUUGAAUGCAUCAAUUCCAUUACCUAGUAUUCUGCAAAAUUUAAAUUCUAGUUUAUUUCAACAAACGUUUAAGGAGAAUGUCUCAACGAUUCGUGAAGAGUAUAAUAAUAGUAAUAUUGAUAAUAACAAUAGUAAUAAUAAUAAUAAUAAUAAUAAUAGUAAUCGUGGUAAUUUUCAAUUUUCACAUGAACAGUUUGAAGAAGAACAGUGUGGACACAAUUCGACUCGGAAUAAAAUUUCUUCACCAACAACUGGAGAUGAAGAUGAUGAUAGUAGAGGAGAAGGAGGACAAAUCGAUGUAAAUGAAGGAGAUGAACUAGAAGUAGACGAUGAGGAAACGCAAAAUAUUAAAAUAAUUAAUUCAAAUUGUUUUUCUCCAACAUUAGAAACUGAACCAGAAAUUGAAAAUUUAUCAACAUUAGAUGAUAAUUCAUCGAAAUUACUCACAAAAUUAUCUUCAACAAUUAGAAAUGAUCUACUCCAUUCUCCUGAUAGAAAUGAACAAUAUGAAUCUGUUGUAAAUAGUUCACAUCAUUCAAAAUCAUUAUCUUCAUCCUCGUGUUUAUCUUCAUCAUCUCCUUCUUCUGCUUCUUCAUGUUCAUCUUCAGCAGACAUUGGAACAUUUAAUCGAAAAACCCAUCAUCACCGUCAUCAUCAUCGUCAUCCCCACCACCCCAACCAUCAAAGUCAUAGUCAACGACUUGAAAUAAAAUCAACUCAUCCAUCAUAUCAACAGGUAGAUGAUUUCAACUGUAGACUAACAGAUAAUUACAACAAAGAGCACUGGUCAUCAUCGGAGUCAUCAUCAUCAUCAUCAUCACCAUCACCUCGUUUAACAACACCUUUAUCGACAACAGUAACUAAUACAACUAUAUCAAUUGCAUCAUCAUUAUUAUCAACAACACCUUCAUCAACACCAUUAAUCAAAAGUACAACAUCAAUAUUAGCUCGAUUCAACAAAAUUGCAUAAUUGAAUACAAUAUAAACUUGAAUAUAGAAGUUUUUUUAAUAACAACAUUGUGUAUUACUCUUCAUUUCACUUGUCAAAGUAAAAUUUCAAUUUUACAAAACAAAACAAAUCUG